AGAAGCGGAAGCGAGAGAUCGGCGGCGGCGGCGGCGGCGGCGGCGGCGGGGGGAGGAUUCCACCGCCUCCUCCGCGCGACGCUCCGCCACAGCUGCCGCUUCCGCGGGCCCCUCGGCGGCCUCCUCCCGCUGAUCUCCGCCGCGUCCGGCUGCCUCCUGUUCCUCCUCGCCCUCCUCUCCCUCCUCUCGCCGUCGCCGUCCUCGCAGCAGCUGCGGCAGCACCGGCACCAGCAGCAGCUCCUGCUGCGCUACCGCGGCUCGGCGUCGUCGGAUCGGGCUGGCGACGGAUUGGAGGAGGAAUCGCCCGCGGCGGCCGGCGGCGUGUUCCGCGUUCCGUCUAGUGGAGGAAGCCUGAGCAGUGAUUUGUGGACUUCGAGGUUGUCGAGCUGCUUCUAUGGUUGCAGCAAUGCCAGCGGCAAAUUCACGACUGCUGAGAAGAAAACGCAACCUAACCGAUACCUGUUGAUCGCCACUAGUGGAGGGUUGAAUCAACAAAGAACAGGGAUAACAGAUGCAGUAGUUGCAGCUUAUAUACUGAAUGCCACCCUUGUUGUGCCCAAGCUGGACCAGAAAUCUUUCUGGAAAGACUCAAGCAACUUCAGCGAAAUCUUUGAUGUCGACUGGUUUAUUUCCUCUCUCUCAAAGGAUGUAGAAAUCAUAAAGCAGCUCCCAGAAAAGGGAGGAAAAGUACUGAAUCCAUAUACCAUGAGGGUCCCUCGGAAGUGCAACCCAAAGUGCUAUCAAAGUCGUGUUCUGCCUGUCUUAAACAAAAAGCAUGCUGUUCAACUUACCAAGUUUGAUUACCGACUAUCAAACAGGCUGGCCAAAGAUCUGCAAAAGCUGAGAUGCAGAGUAAACUACCAUUCUUUGAAGUUCACAGCUCCAAUUGUUGAGAUGGGUAGGACACUGGUAGAGAGGAUGAGGUCGAAAAGCAGUCACUUUAUAGCCCUUCACUUGAGGUUUGAGCCAGACAUGCUUGCAUUCUCUGGAUGCGAUUAUGGUGGUGGAGAGAAAGAAAGGCGGGAGCUUGGUGCUAUUCGAAAGAGGUGGAAAACUUUACAUGCAAGCAACCCUGACAAAGUAAGGAGGCAUGGAAGAUGCCCACUAACUCCGGAGGAAGUUGGUCUGAUGCUGAGGGCACUUGGCUUUGGAAGUGAUGUCCACAUUUAUGUGGCAUCUGGUGAGGUGUAUGGUGGCAACGAGACAUUGGCACCACUGAAAGCACUCUUUCCCAAUUUUCAUUCGAAGGAGACUAUCGCAAGCAAGGAAGAGUUGGCACCAUUCUCAUCAUUUUCAUCUCGGAUGGCUGCACUGGACUUCAUUGUUUGUGAUGAAAGCAAUGUUUUUGUUACCAACAACAAUGGAAACAUGGCCAAGAUUUUAGCUGGCAGAAGGAGAUACUUUGGGCACAAACCAACAAUAAGGCCAAAUGCUAAGAAGCUAUAUAAACUAUUCCUAAAUCGGAGUAGCAUUCCAUGGGAGGAAUUUGCUUCCAGGGUUAGAACUCAUCAGAUUGGUUUUAUGGGAGAACCCAAUGAGGUCAGGCCAGGCAGAGGCGAGUUCCAUGAAAAUCCAUCGUCUUGCAUUUGUGAGAAGCCUGAAGCAAAGGACAGGGCACUCAUAGAUGCCCCCAGAAGAAUCGAUGACAGCAGUGAAGACGAUAAAGAGAAAAACGUGGGGAAGAUGUCGACGUAUGACGAGAUGGAAGAGCAGAAACCCGAAGAUGACGGGCCAGACAUGGAUUAUAUGGAAGAUGGAAAUGAAAGCCAAGGGAAACGCUUACCGAACGGAUCGGAUUCUGAAACCAACCUACUUAAAACCGAGCAGCCAGAGCUGGAAGAGAUGUUUUCUGACUGAAGGAAGUUACAGUCUAGCCCUUAAUCGAUUCACCAUUCAAUUCUUUGGGGUCUUUCCGUCAGCCUUGGAGCCCCUUCUGGGUUCUUCAGACAACAUCAAGAAGGCGCAUUGUAUAUAGAAAUCUGGUGCCUGAUGUUCUCAACCACAUCGGGGGCUAACUGCGAGCGAAUCCCCAGCCUUUCAGGAUUAAUUUUUUUUUUCUUGAUUUUAUUCAGGCAGUUCCUUGUAAAUUACAAAAUUUUGGGCCUCUUCUUUUUGCUGUGAUUCUUAAGCCAUUUGCCGUAAGGCAGAGGAACUUGACAAAAGAUAGGAACAAGGGAAUAAGAAUCGGUAGUUUAAUUUUGUAGGAACUAUAUGUUCCAUGAUGUUUUAUCGAGUUUUUAUUUUUAUUUUUUUUA